AUCCCGUGUCAAAUAUACCAUCCCCUGACCUCUUCGUCCCCUACCUACCAAACGGCGGCGGUGGCGAGGCGAGGACACCGGUCGACGUCCGCGGGUUCCUCCCGGCUUCCUGGCCCGCUCAUCCCAAACCCCCACACCUUCAUCAAGCCCUCUCCGGCCAGCGCGUGCGUGACUUCAGGCCUGCUUCCACCGAAGCGCGCCACGCCGCCCACCUCGGAGGGAUUCUUCUCUCGCCAAAUCCUUCUGCUCCUCCAAAACAUAGAUCGGACCGACGUGUUUCGCAGCAGGAUCGAGCGAAAGGUGGGCAGCCAGGCGGCAGGCGCAUAGACGCAGGGGUGAGGGCACGGGCGGCAGCGCCUGGUCGGACGCCGUGGAUCUCGGCGACGACAUUGAGUGGUGAAGCUUCGCGGGUGGCUUUGGUUUGCGGGCUUGCGUGAAGGGCGUGCGCGACGAGCUCGUUGGGUAUACUUGGGGUUGGAGUGUUCGCAAAUACAUUGUGGGAAAGGCGAUCUGUCUUUCGUAAGUACGCUCGGACAGGCUACCUUCGCUUUGAGAUGGCAGACGAAGGUUCAUCUGACUUCACCUUCUGCAAGGUUAGUUCUGCAGAAAAUGAUGGACAACUAGGAUCUCCUAAAGGCAUUCCUGUGGCAAGUAUGACACUCGAGGAUGUUCGUGGUGAUAGUGCAAGCAUUUCAAAGAAAAGAGAGCUGCAAACUAAUGAUUCAGAUAAAGAUGGAAGAUCUAACUCCAUAUCUGGUAGUAUUGUCAGUGUUUCACUGCAAGACUGUAAUGUAAAAGAACCAGUUAUACAAACAAGCAAGGGUGCAGAAUCAAAUGUAACUCAGCCAAAACCUUCAUUGAAGAAACCUCCAGCACGCGCAAAGGUUCCUUUUGAGAAGGGCUAUAGCCAAAUGGAUUGGUUAAAGCUGACACGUACACAUCCUGAUUUGGCAGGGUUGAAGGGACAGUCAAACCGAAGGUUAAUUUCUUUGGAAGAAGUUAAACAGCAUAAAACUGGUGAUUGUAUUUGGACAGUUCUGAAAGGUCGUGUGUACAAUAUUGCUCCAUACAUGAAAUUUCAUCCUGGAGGAGUUGAUAUGCUCAUGAAAGCCUCUGGAAAAGACUGCACCGCUUUGUUCAGUAUCCUUUCUAUUAUUAUUUUCGUACUGUCACUGAAAUUGUCUUGUUGCUUGUUGCAGAUUCACACAGGAACACUAUUCUCUUCAUGCAAGUUGGUGUGGUACCAAAACCCAUGGGCAUACUCAGCCCAUUAUAUUUGGUCAUAUGAUCGAUACCACGCCUUUACAGCUCCUGCAUUUGUGAUUGACCUUUUGAUGAUUCUGAUUGUUAACUAUUUCAUGAUUGUGAUUGUUGAUUGUGCAAGCAUAUAUAAUUCUUGAUAUAAUUCCUUAACUUUG